CAAAACUAAAUAAAUAGUAAUUAUCAUUCACCGCAAAUUGCCUUCGUUUCGAUAGGAAAAAGGUUAUCCAGUGUAGCGUUUGGUGUCCACCAGAACGAAUUUAAAAAUGCGUUCAGUGGCAAUGAUCGCUUAAGCAUAGCGUGUUUAACAGUCGAAUCAAGACGGGGAAUUGGAUUGUUUGAACAAUCUAGACACGACAUUUAACACCAAUGUUGGGGGAAGUCCUCAUGUGUAGAAGUCGAAGCCUUCGCCUGCAGUGUGCAUAUCGCUUGUUGGCAAACGGAGCGGUAGGGGGAGGGAGUUGUUGUGAGACAGGUUAGACAUUUUACUCCCAAUGUUGAAGUAAACAAAGAAUAGGAUUUGUAAUGCCCACCCGUGCUUUCCCCUAAAAGCAGGAACAACAGCUGCGCACCGGGACCCUUCGAAUUUCGCGAUCAAAUUAAAAUCACCAUUUCUAAAAAACAAUUUCAAACCCGUUGCGUUUGACUUUGGCAUUGUUUAGAAAGGACGAACCGAAUCGAGCCCGCGCUGCCUAGGGGAGAUGCGAUCCUGAACGCCCAGGCCACUUGGCCGUGUCCAAAUGGGUUAAUGAAGGGCGUAAUAACCCGGUGUAGCGCUUCUACGCAACGGAUCCGCCUUUGUUUCGCUAUCAUUUGUGUCAACGAUACGUGACCACACACACGACCUAAAGGCACAGGGGCGAAUGGCUCCCGAGUCGUGUUUGAGUCCAGUGUUACGUUCUCUCCACUCCCCGCAUUGCGUGUCCUUUUUUGCGUUGGACUCGAACAUAUUUGUUUUGAACACUUAAUGCACUAUACUCGUGAGGCACCCACAUCGUUUAAAUGUCCUCUUCAAAUGGAGGGAUUGAGCGUCGACCAGACGGUCCGGUCGGAUGCAUGCGAUUGCAGCCAACGUUUAAGCGACAUACGUGAUAAGAACGUAAUAAUUUGAAAAUAGUGCUGGGCAAUGAUCGCCGUUGAAUGUAAAUGUAUCUGCCCGGAUGAAGAAGGAAUCCCGGGCUAGUGUUUCAACUCCGCCUCUCGUGGGCGUGCUUUAUUUUGGAAGUACAACCUUUGGUGGCUUUGUAUCGAGACGUCUAUGUGCCUAUUGGCUGUUGUGUACAGAAAUGGGGGACGAAGAAAGCAAAGGCGGACAUAAAUCCCUCCUACAAUAUCACGUGUACACAGACUCGCGGAAGUAGUGUUAUUUUUUUGCAAGAAAGAAGUAGUUAACUCGUGUAUUUGUGGCGAUGUGCCAUACAAAAACAUAGGCAACAACACUACCUACUUUUAUUUCUCUAGCAAAAUGAAGGUAUGUGUGCAUCGUUCUGAGGACGCACAAGUGUGUUUGUGUGUGUGUUGGGGGCGGGGGGGACACCUGCCCUACGUAUUUGCUACGCAGUAGUACAUAUAUUUGUUAUAUUGAUAUGGUGGAUACUUAAAUGGAACACAACACUUCAUUGUGCUGCAAAAUAUAAACUAGACCCCGAAUAAAGUCAUCCUGGCGUUAUCGCGCUUCAAGUCGAAAUGGGCGUGAUAGCAGCGCUGCAUAAAUUGCUGAUUGACAGUUCAAUACCACAAUCCGAUGUAUUCGAACCUCCUUCUUGCGGCUCAUCUAAGGUACCGACCAAUGACAUCGUAGAGUGGGCGGGGGGUAACCGAAGCUAUGGCCAAUGCUAUUAGAGAAGGGGCGGGGUUAAUCGCGGAGACCACGCCUUUCACAAGGAGCCAACCGAACGGAGAUUGUUGUCCUCUCGGGGUGAAUUUUAAUUUAGCACUUCCAAGAUUGUUAAUAUCAACUGUUAAUAUUUUACUUCUCAUAAAUCACGCUCGCGUACUCCUCCGGCGACCCCUUUGAUGGUUUCCCAUCAGUAAGUGAACGUUACGGAAUCGUCCAACAACUUCAGCUGGCUAUUCAGGAGAGUGGUCCCUCAGCCCCCUGGAGCAUGAGUUCAUAAUGAAGCGGUGUGUGGAGGAACAGGAGACUGUGUUUGCGUCCCAGCACCAGCAGCAGCAGCAGCCGCAGAGGCGGCUCCCGGGCAGCGCGGAGGCCUUCCAGCACCGCGUGCUGGCUCCCGCCCCGGCCGUGUACGAGCCCGCACCCGACAGCAUGCAGCCCACGGCGGGCGUCCAGUACGCCGGCCCUCCGGGUUACCAGGUUCCCAACGCGGCCCAGAACAGUGCGGGCCACGGGCACACCUCCAGCCCUGCCGUCCAUGGGGGGCCAGCCCACCACCACAGCCCAGCGGUACAGGCCCACGGGCCCGCCGGGAUGCACGGCCACACCCCCGCCCCCCAGGCCACCGCCCAGGGACAGCAGUUCCAGAGGCUCAAGGUGGAAGAUGCGCUGUCCUACUUGGAUCAGGUCAAACUGCAGUUCGGCAACCACCCUCAAGUCUACAAUGACUUCCUGGACAUCAUGAAGGAGUUCAAGUCUCAGAGCAUCGACACCCCGGGGGUCAUCAGCCGCGUGUCGCAGCUCUUCAAGGGCCACCCGGACCUCAUCAUGGGCUUCAACACCUUCCUGCCGCCGGGCUACAAGAUCGAGGUCCAGCACAGCGAGCUGGUGAACGUCACCACGCCGGGCCAGAUCCACCACAUCACCCCGCACGGCAUCACGGUCCAGAACAUCCCCAUGCCGGGGGCGCCCGCUCAGCCCCAGGCCCCGCUCCACGCCCAGCUCCUGGCCCUCGCCAACCCCGCCGCAUCGGCCGCUGCCGCCGCCACCACCAGCGCCCCGGUUCUGCUGGCACAGCCCUCCCCGGCCAAGAUGAGCAAGACGCAGCAGUCUCCCGUCCUGACGCCGAGCGGCCAGAGCAACCCGUCCAUCCCGGUGUACACCUCCCCGCGCUCGCCGCCCCUGCAGCUCCACCCGCCCUCCGGCGCCACGCCCGCCGGGCCGGCCGCGCAGAACAGCCAGCCCGUGGAGUUCAACCACGCCAUCAACUACGUCAACAAGAUCAAGAACCGUUUCCAGGGCCAGCCCGACAUCUACAAGGCCUUCCUGGAGAUCCUGCACACGUACCAGAAGGAGCAGCGGAACGCCAAAGAGGCCGGGGGGAACUACACGCCGGCCCUGACGGAGCAGGAGGUGUACGCCCAGGUGGCCCGGCUCUUCAAGAACCAGGAGGACCUGCUGUCGGAGUUCGGCCAGUUCCUCCCCGACGCCAACAGCUCGGUGCUUUUGAGUAAAACCACGGCGGAGAAGGCGGAGUCGGUGCGGAACGACCACGGGGGCACGGCCAAGAAGCUCCAGCUCAACAACAAACAGCGGCCCAGCCAGAACGGCUGUCCGAUCCGCCGGCACCCGGCCGCCACCACCACGCCCCCCGUGAAGCCAAAGCACAAGUUACUCAAUCUGAAAGAUUCCUCCACGGCAGAGUCAAGCAAGCAUGGAGCUGGCACAGAAUCUCUGUUCUUCGAGAAGGUCCGUAAGGCCUUGCGUAGUGCAGAGGUGUACGACAACUUCCUGCGUUGCCUGGUCCUCUUCAACCAGGAGGUGAUCUCCAGGGCUGAGCUGGUCCAGCUGGUGCUUCCCUUCCUGGGAAAAUUCCCGGAGCUGUUCAACUGGUUCAAGAACUUCCUGGGAUACCGCGAGAUGUCGUCCCACAUCGAGAGCUACCCCAAGGAGCGGGCCACAGAGGGCAUCGCCAUGGAGAUAGACUAUGCUUCCUGCAAGCGGCUGGGCUCCAGCUACCGGGCCCUUCCCGAGAGCUACACCCAGCCCAAGUGUACCGGCCGCACGCCUCUCUGCAAGGAGGUUCUGAAUGACACCUGGGUGUCCUUCCCGUCCUGGUCCGAGGACUCGACGUUCGUGAGCUCCAAGAAGACCCAGUACGAGGAGCACAUCUACCGCUGUGAGGACGAGCGCUUCGAGCUGGACGUGGUGCUGGAGACCAACCUGGCCACCAUCCGCGUGCUGGAGACGGUGCAGCGGAGGCUGUCGCGCAUGCCCGCCGAGGAGCAGGCCAAGUACCGUCUGGACAACACCCUGGGGGGCACGUCGGAGGUGGUCCACCGCAAGGCCAUCCAGAGGAUAUACGGGGACAAGGCCGCUGACAUCCUGGACGGCAUCAGGAAGAACCCCGCCAUGUCGGUGCCCAUCAUCCUCAAGAGGUUAAAGGUCAAGGAGGAGGAGUGGCGGGAAGCCCAGCGGGGCUUCAACAAGAUCUGGAGGGAGCAGAACGAGAAGUACUACCUCAAGUCUCUCGACCACCAGGGCAUCAACUUCAAGCAGAACGACACCAAGGUGCUGCGCUCCAAGACCCUGCUGAACGAGAUUGAGAGCAUCUACGACGAGCGGCAGGAGCAGGCGUCGGAGGAGAACGCCGGGCCCCCCACGGGCCCCCAGCUGACCCUGUCCUACGAGGACCCCCAGAUCCUGGAGGACGCCGCCGCCCUCAUCAUCCACCACGUCAAGCGCCAGGUGGGCAUCCAGAAGGAGGACAAGUACAAGAUCAAGCAGGUCAUCCACCACUUCCUGCCCGACCUGCUGUUCGCCCAGCGCGGCGAGCUCUCGGACGCCGAGGAGGAAGAGGAGGACGAGGACGAGGAGGCGGACGAGGAGGAGGACGAGGAGAGGGAAGGGGAGAGGGACCCCGCGGAGGGGCCCCGGCCCAAGAAGCACAACGGCGUUGCUGCGGUGGCGGCGGCGGCCGCGGCGGUGGCGGCGGGGAGCCCGACCAAGUCCAAGCUGCUCUUCGGGGGCACGGCCGCCCAGAAGCUGCGGGCGACGGGCGAGGACGCCUACCACCUCUUCCUCGUCAACAACAACUGGUACAUCUUCCUGCGGCUGCACCAGACGCUGUGCGCCCGCCUGCUGCGGCUCUACGGCCAGGCGGAGCGGCAGAUCCAGGACGAGCUCCGGGAGAGGGACUGGGAGCACGAGGUGCUGGGCCUCAAGAGGGAGAAGAACGACAACCCGGCCGUCCAGCUGCGGCUGAAGGAGCCCAUGGACAUCGAGGUGGAGGACUACUACUCGGCGUUCCUGGAGAUGGUGCGCAACCUGCUGGACGGGAACAUGGAGGCCUCGCAGUACGAGGACUCACUCAGGGAGAUGUUCACCAUCCACGCCUACACCGCGUUCACCAUGGACAAGCUCAUCCAGAGCAUCGUCCGCCAGCUCCAGCACCUCGUGAGCGAUGACAUCUGCGUCCACGUGACGGACCUCUACCUGGCCGAGAGCUCCGGCGGGGCCACGGGGGGGCCCUCGACCGCGCAGGCCGCCAGCAGCUCGGUCGAGGCCCUGUACCAGCGCAAGGCCGAGCAGCUCAUGUCCGACGAGAACUGCUUCAAGCUGACGUUCCUGCGGAACCGAGGUCCGGUCCAGCUCACCGUGGAGCUGCUGGACUCGGAGGAGGACAACUCCGAUGAACCCAUGGAUGCGGGGCGCUGGUCGGACUACGUGGGUCGCUACCUGGUCUCAGACUCGACCUCAGCGGAGCUACGGGAGCACCUGGCACAGAAGCCCGUCUUCCUGCCCAGGAACCUGAGACGGAUCAGGAAGUACCAGCAGGGGCGGGAGCAGCUGGACAAGGAGGCGGGAGACGGGGCCAGGAAGUCCCUGGACAAGGAGAAGAUGGCCUGCAUGUUCCAGCUCAACUCCUACAAGAUGGUGUACGUCUUCAAGUCGGAGGACUACAUGUACCGCCGCACGGCGCUGCUCCGAGCGCAGCAGUCACACGACCGGGUGAGCACACGGCUGCACAACCGCUUCCAGGCGUGGGUGGACGCGUGGGCCAAGGUGAACGUGACGCCGGCCAUGGCCACGGAGACGGGGGCCUGGCUGAUGGGCGAGGACCGCGAGGAGUUCCUGCCCUGCGUCACCAGCCGCAACCCGGAGGUGCUGCACUUCAUGAACGUCAACAAGUACCGCGUCAAGUACCCCGCGCCCGGUCCGGCGCCGUAGCAGUGGCGACCGCCCCAAACCGGUGACACUAGUGUGGUGUUGUUUUUGUUUGUUUUUGGUUUUAAAAGAGGAGGGGGGAAAAAGGGGGGUGGGGGUUCAAAAGCGUGUGUGUGUGUGUGUGUGUGUGUGGAGGGGGGGGGCUUCUGGAUCUGGUUUUGUAACUGGUUUCUAAAUAGCUGGUGUUGUCGAUUGGGGUUGAAACCUGGGGCGGCUGGAUCACAACGUCAUUAUUAAUAUUACGUUUUUUGACCAGCUUUUUCAGCUGGGCCCACUGUUUUUUUUUCUUGCAGGGCUUUUAUUUUGGCGGUGCCAACCAAAAAAGAAAUAAUGUCUUUUCCGCGUGCCAGUCACUGCACUGAGCUCUACCAGCACUCCUAGCCAUAGUCCAAACUUUCCCAAGAGCUUCCGGUCGCUUCUGAGAAAAAAGGGCUUUUUGUAGAGAGAGGGAAGCAAAAGCCUUUAUUCCUUUAUUUUGUACGCGAUGCGUUGCGCCGGAGCUGCUUUAUACUAUUUAACAGACCUGUUCUUCCACAGAAAGCUCCUUUUCUAAAAACACAAUAAACCGAUCCAGCAGUUUUUUUUUUCUGUGAUACUUCAUAACCCUGGGAAAACAGUGAGGUGGUCAAGUGCACUUAUGGAGAGUGAGGAACAGCAACUUCUCAAACAAACUUUUUACCCCCCAGACAGAAGGCAUGGCCGCUUGGGGACAAUCCAAGACUGGUACAAAAGAGUUUGUGGUCUUUUGAGGCCAGUAAUCCCAGCCAAAACUUUGCCCCUAGCAGUAGACAGAGAAAGUCUUGGUAGUUAAUUGUUUGACAGAGACAGAUAAACAUUGUAACCUGCUGUAAGACAAGGAGAGAGGGAGACAUGUACCUACCAUUAGGCCGAAAGAGAGAGGACACAUGUACCUAUCUGCCAUCACAGAGAGAGAGAGAGAGAGAGAGACACACACAUGUACCUACCUGCCAUAACACAGAGAGAGAGGGACGCAUGUACUUACCUGCAAUUAGACAGACCGCAAGAGAGAGGGAGACCCAUACCUACCUACCAUUAGACCGAGAGGGAGAGAUAGACCUAGUUCCUGUGAUUAGACAGAGAGGGAGAGAGACCUAGUACCUGCUAUUGGACAGACAGAGAGAGAGAGAGAAAGAGACCUGGUAGCUACCAUUAGAAAGAUGAGGGAGAGAGACCUGGAAGCAACGAUAUGACAGAUGGGGAGAGAGAGGGAGACCUGGUACCUGCUAUUUGACAGAGGGGGAGAAAGAGAGACCUGACGGCUAACAUUAGACAGAGGGGGGAGAGAGACCUGGUAGCUACCAUAAGAGGAGCAUGUUAUUGCGGUUCUAGCAGCAUUCAAGUUAUAGCGUCUGCGUCCCAAACAGUAUUGUGGGGUUAAGAGUAGGAUGUGUACUGUUGCGUUUUAUUCAAAUGAAUGCAAAUAAUAAAUAAACAAGAGGGAAACUACUAGAUGGUUGUAUAUUAGCCCGUGCAACACUGUUUGGUGACAUAAGACUGUCAAAUUGUAACGCUCAUGAAUGUCAGAUACUGACAUGUAUUCCAGUGUAUGAGUUUGGUGUGUGAGUGUGUGUGUGUGUAUAUAUAUCUAUAUAUAUAUACAUAACAUCAAUGAUCCUGGCCGCCCCAGUACUCAAACUUCUAUUUGUUUUAACUCACUGACAUAAGGCCCUCACCAAUACACCAGCUCUCUCUAGCUCUCUAUCUAUUUCUCUCUCGACACACACACACACACACACACACACACACACACACACACACACACACACACACACACACACACACACACACACACACACACACACCCCUCUCUCCUUCCGGGGCAGCCCAACCACAUUGUAAAUAAUUUGUAUAUAUUCUCAGACUUUUUAUGACAGAUUUGUGUUGUGCUAGUAAUACUUUCCAUGCUUAUUGUGGAUGUUACUGGUAAAUGGCAAAAGUAGUAUGUAUAAGAAGGCUGACAUACAAGACCAUUUAUUACAGUUUUUACCAAAGGGAGUUUAUUACAAAAGAUAUGAUCCCCCGCCCCCCCUCUAAACACACACACAAACACAUAUACACACAUGCACACAUCCACACACACAAAUUUUUUGUCCUUUUUAAUUUCUCUAGUUACACUUUUUUAAGUAGAAUUGUAUCCAGGUCUUAUAUAUAAAAUAACUGUUGAUAAAUAUAUAUAUUAUAUUUUCCUCUGCUUAUUAUUAUUUUUUCCCCCCCCCAUCAUGUGUUUAUAUUCUUUAGUUUUUCUCCGGAUUGUGACAUGAUUGACGAGGACUGGUUUGAUUAUAUUCACUGCCCCUGUAACACUGUGACCCGGUCCCUUGGCUACAGGAAGUGGCUCAACCAAAGGUUCAGUUAACAGGAAGUUCAUCCAACCUAUCCCCUCCCUCCGAUUAGACUCCUUAAUGCCGAGAACACAAAUCAAACAUCCCAUCUCCAUAUUUUUGAUAAUAGAAAAAGUCACACAGCAUGUCUUUCGCGCGUUUAUUGAGACAUUAUUUAAGGUAAUAAUAAAACUAUUUGUAGCCUACACAGUUUAUUUUGUAUUUUUAUUGUAUUUUUUUUUUUUUGUAGUUCCUCGAGUUUUGUUUCUCGUUGCCUGUCUUUUAGACUCCAGCUGUUGGAGUGUGUUGUCUUGUGUAUAAUAAUUGAGCGGUUUUAUUCAGUCCAUGCAAUGCACAUGGUUUUGUCUUUGUGUAUGGUGCAGUCACAACUUUUCACGUUGUAUAUAAUAAACAGACUUUUUACAUGAUGCUA